AAUUCAUUUUGUCGCAACUUAAAAAAUUCUAUUAAGAAAACAAAAUACAGCAUGAGAAGCUUGGUUUAAUAGUGUGCUAUUGGUUUUCCCAAUAGAAUUGAUUAAGAGGUAGAAAAAUGAGACGCAAAAAUGGCCUUUUUAAAUAUAUAACGCGUCAACCACUAUCUAGCUUUUAUAUUUCUCUUAACAAAAUAUACAGACAUGAAAUUUUAUAAACGCAUUUACCUAACCUCCCCCGCCCCCCAGAUUAGAAGGCCAUGGCCUAAUGUCGUGUCUCGACAAAUUGCUCUGUUUUGCAUGGCCUUUUAAAGGGGGUGGUCUUCUAAUAGGACCAAACCUCAGAAGAUGCUAUUGAUCGACAAAUUUAUUUUCUCAUUUUCACAAACAUACUAUAAAUUACAAGCAAUUCAAUUUUUUUUCCACAUAUCGAGUAAAGUUUUCUGUUUCCCAUUGUUGAGAAGUCUGCACGGCGAAUUUUCUCCGAUCGAGGUAGAUGUGGACGAAGCCAGCGUGGUUGAUGAUGACCCGUCGAUUGAUGAAUCACUGCCGCACUCCUCCAUAUCCCAAUCGGAUCCAUUGUUGUUCGAAGACACAGCUAAAAAGAGAAGUUAGAAACUGAUUGGCUUUUAUCGUUUCUUACCAUCGUUGUCAUCUUCAUCGUCAUCGAGAUUGAAAUCGUCGAAAGUAAGUCCGAUGUCGUUGUUUCCUCCAUCACAAUCAGAGACGAUUUCAGCAUCGGAUUCAUCCGAGCUUGAAACACCUUCUUCAUCUGAUCCGAUCUGUGGUAAUGUGUACAAGUGACAAUCAGCGUUCAUCGAAGAAAACAGUGCGCAGCACUCUCAAACGAAUUAUUGAAGACGAAGGAAUCUAAUCUCUCUACACUUGUGUAUUUCACUUCUCUUGGCGAAUUCUCCAAUCAGUUUGGAGAAAAAUCCUCCACUGAUUUCGAUGGGGCACAUAGAGGCUGAGGGAAAAACAUUUUCUCUUUUCCUCCGCUCCACAAUAUGUGGCGACCUCGUAGGACUAAUACUUUCUAAAUCCAGUAGAGAGACAUGGCCUUCUAAUAAGGUCCUCAAAGUGUCUGUUCGGAUGUGGCUUUAUACAGAGAGUGGCGUUCUAAUAUAGGGUGGCCGUCUAUUUUUUUUGGGGGGGGAGGAUUACUUACAAGGGAAAAGAUACCCAGUGUUGAGUAUUUUUUGAGAAAGGAGAACACUCUUGGCUCAUCCUUUAUUUCUGGUUACAAUAUUGUUUCUGUUUUUAUAAGAAGUUUAUUAAUUAUGUAUAAUCAUAAGAACAUAUAUGAGAGCAUUUAUAAACUCAAUUUCUUUUAUUUCUAGAUGGAAAAUGAAAUAAAAAAAAAUAAAAAUAUUGAUAAUGAAGAACAUUAUCAAACAUACGAACAUCCAUCAUCUUGUCCUGCUGGAGCCGAUUGUCAAGAUACAAGUGAAGAUCAUGAGAAUGCAUAUCGUCAUUUACCUUUAUGUGAACAAUUUCAACAAUGUUUGAAAUAUCGACAACAUAACAAAAAUCAUUGUGAACAAUUUCGUCAUUGUCAUCGUUUUUGUGAGUUGGCCAAUUCUUGUGUCAAUUUUCAUGAUAAAAAACAUAUUGAAAAUUACAAACAUCCCUUUCCACUUCCGUGCUCUCUUACACCCUAUCAUUGUGCAUUGCAUGAAGAAUUUAAAAUGGCAACGGAUAAGCACUCACUCUUAGAUGAAAUUCAACGCCAUUGUCUGAAUUUUGCUCAUGUCUGUGAAUUUGGACAAGAUUGUACUGAGAAAGAUCCUUCACAUUGGGAAGAAUCGAUUCAUAUUCGUCGACCUCUUUGUCCAUUUGGUGAUCAAUGUGCAAAGCUUAUUCAAGAAGAUCAUUUGAAUUCAUUUACACAUCCAAAUAUUCGUGAUAUUCGUUUUAGAUGUCCGGAUGCCGAUAAAUGCCGCGAUCGACGAGAUCUUCAACAUUUGGCUGAAUUUCGACAUCAAAUCACAUCUGAAAAUAGUGGCGUUGUUCGUUAUUAUAAUUUAAAUAAAGAUAUUAAUUUCGUUCAGAAUCACCACGACAACAUAAAACGUGUUCAAAACUAUGUCAAGAAACAAAAAUGGGAAGCAUUGAAAUCAGAUUCGAUUCUCAAAGAUAUUAUCAAUUGGAUACGAACUGUUCAACCUGUUCAUCGAUGUAGAGCAGAAAUAUUCGAAUCCAUACUUCUUCAUGGACAUGUGAUGAGUCGAAAUUAUAUGGAAAAUUUAAAAAAACCACAAUGUGUUAUCGAUUCAGUUCUUCAACAUAAUCGACUACAACAAAUCAGAUAUUUUACAGAAACGGAAUUUGCAAAACGGAUCAAAGAAUAUGUCACUGCUUUAGUUGAAGAAGAAUUCGAAAGAAAACGAGCUGAAAAUAAAAACUUAGUUAACAGUACAAUAGCAAAUUCGGCAUCUCGAAUGGAGUUGAUUCAAGAAAAAGAAAAGUUUCUUUUGCGAACUUUUUCUCGAGAUGAUUUAGAAGCAAUCAAAAACACAGCUAUUGAAAUCGCACAAGCUUCUAUCAAACUUCAUUCCAAUCCCGCUGGUCUUGGUUAUCCACCAGAUAAAGAACUAGGAACAGAUAAGAAUGUGUUCAGUAUUCUCGGACCCAAUUUAGGACAUUAUUACGGCGAUAUAUGUAUUGUUUUCAAACGAGAAAUUCUUCAUCAUCCCGAUGCGAACUUUUCCAUUCAAGCAGCAACAUCAUAUGUUAGUGGUAGAUCUUUUAAAUGGCGUCCAUGGUUAGGUGAUGAUCCAGGUGCGAAAGAUAAACGGAUCGAAUUAUUUCACAAGACGAAAUUACAUGCAUCAAUCAAAGGCUAUGAAUAUGCAACUGCUCUGGAAUUAAUUGCCGUAACUGGUCAAACAUUAAAAAAGAAAUCAAUGAAUAUCAAUUUAACAACAAUUCUUCAGCGUUGGGUUGAUGUCGAUUCGCAUAUGAACAUCGAGUGCCAUUUACCUCAACUGAUUCCUCUUGAUUAUAUCGAUCAUAUUUAUAUGUCACAGAAUGCAUUCGAUUCGUUGAAUCCUAAUGCACAGCACGCUAUUGAUACUAUUUUCCAAAAUCGUAUUACUAAAACUCCGCAUGAAAUUGAACUGACUCAACCUGCAUUAAAACACGGUCCAAAACCUGAAUCGAAAGCUCGAACCGACUAUCAAGAUUUUGUUGUCAAGAAAUUAAUUGACAAAUUCCGUCACCGUGGUGUUAAUUCACUGAACGGACCUAUUCGAGGUAUUUUCAUAACUAUACCACCAACUGAAUUUACUGAUCAUUUCGUUUUACCUCUGACUAUUUCACAAGCAUAUCAGCAAUAUAAAACCAAUCAUUCACAAGUACCGAUUGAUAUACCGGUUUAUAUUUAUUGGCAAGUUCUUCAUGGAGAUAUGAUGUUAACAUUAUCAAAUGAACAGAUCGAUACAGGAGAAUCACAACCAAAUUUGCGUUGUUUGACCUGUUAUGUUGCUAAACAGCCUACUAUAAAAGGUACUGACUAUCAUGAAAAUGUAUCAUAUUUACACAUCGGUGGACCUGGUGCACCUUUUGAACAUGGAAUUGUUCUCAAAGAACAUCGAUAUUCAGCAGCAUCAAAUGCAUUCUAUGUCGGCUGUAAUACAGAUAAUUUGAUGACGUUUUCUCUCGAAAUUCAGCGUUCAACAGGAACAGCUAUUUUAUCUCAUUCAGGUCCAAAUUUAAUAUAUAAUCGUAAAAAAAUUUCAUACACAUUUGAAAAAUCUAAUCUUGAUCUAAACCAAUUAAAUUUCAUUCAUGCCAGUGCUGGAGCUUGUAAGGUACCCAUUCGAAAUUUGUUCGUCACUUUCAAGAAAGAACCAGAGCCUUUCGAUGACGCUGUUGAUACUGCUCAACCAACAGUAUCAUCAACAGCGAACCAAAGACCAGAGAGUAAGGAUGAGAAAUCAUAG